CCCCACUUCGUGUCCGCGCCGCGACGCGCACUUCCCGCCUUUCUUUUUCUUGCCGUCCUCGCGCCGCCACCACGAACGCACGCACGCGCCAUCUCGAGGCAGGUCUCACUCUCUCCUCUCCGCGCGCGCGGAUCGAUGGCGCACGACGGCUUCCUCGGAGGAGGCUUCCACGCGCUGCAGGCGCCGUGGCCGCUGCCGCUGCCGUUCGACGCCGCCGCGCUGCAGGCCCAGCUCAUGUCAGGAGGGUGGGAGGACGAGUCGGCGCUGAGCUCGCUCGUGUCGUCGCCCGCCACCACCGGGCGCGGCGGCGACGUGCACGAGGGCGCGCUCAUGGAGGAGCUGGCGAGCCGGCUCGGCAGCGUGUGCGGCGGCGGGCUCGGCGGGGGCGGGGUGCCGUCGCCGCCGUCGUCGCGGUACGCGUCGUGCUACGGCUCGCCGGUGAGCUCCCCGGCGAGCAGGCCCGCGCCGUCUCUGCUCGCCGCGGCGGACUCCAUGGUCGCGGAGCGCGCCGCGCGGAUGUCGUGCCUGGCGGCGGCCGGUGUCGGGCCUAGCGGCGGGAAGCUCUCGCGCGUGGCGAGCAGCCAUUCCCUCCUCGCGGAGCCUGCGCCGGCGGACGGCGGCGGCGUCCAGCAAGUGCCGGCGAGCGAUGGGUCGAGCAGCGACGCUCCCUGCCGGAAGCGGAAGGCGCCCGGCGCCAAGGGCAAAGGGAAGGACGGAGCGACGGCGACGGCCUUGACAAAGUUGCCGGAGCCGGAGAAGAAGGCCAAGAAAUGCAAGCUCUCCGCUGACGCCACGGCAAACCAGGACACGAAACCACUCGCCGGCGAGGCCGGACACGCCGGCAAUGGCAAGGGGAAGGACGUCGCCGUCGAGCCGCCCAAGGACUACAUCCACGUGCGCGCCCGCCGCGGCCAGGCCACCGACAGCCACAGCCUCGCCGAGCGGGUGAGGAGAGAAAAGAUCAGCGAGCGCAUGAAGCUGCUUCAAGACCUCGUGCCUGGCUGCAACAAGGUGACAGGCAAGGCGGUGAUGCUUGACGAGAUCAUAAACUACGUCCAGUCGUUGCAACGGCAGGUGGAGUUCUUGUCAAUGAAGCUUUCCACUGUCAACCCACAGCUGGAUUUCGACGUCGACAAUUUCCUCCCAAAAGAUCAGCCCAGCGAGCCCAGCUUGCCGGCGCCGUUGUCGCUGCCACCACCGCAGCCACCGCUGUCCUACUCACCGGAAUGCGCAACCCCGGCGGCGAUCGGCUACUCGCCCUCGCAAGGGACGGCAAUGCAGAGCGUGGUGGCAAGCACCAAAGGCUUCGAAAUGGCGCCGACGUUUGCAAGCCAUGGAAUCCCAGCUCCAUCAUCACUGGAUGCGUUUCACAGUGCUAAUUCACAGGCAGGGAGCUGCAUGCAGAUGUGGGAGGACGACCUGCAGAGCGUGGUUCAGAUGGGGUUCAGAGGCAAUGCUGCAUGAUAGGGGAUGAGCCGAGUCGAGAGCCCCCCAAUCAUGGCGUUGGUCUCUGGAGUUGAUUCGGAAACAAAUCAGUUUCACCAAUCAAGGCAGGAGACGAUCAUCCGGGGGAGGCAUGUCGGGUGCAUGGAGCCACUUAACACGAAGCCGGGGGUUGGGUUUUUGAGCUACCUCUCCAAUCAUUGGAUCAUCCCUCCAUGAUUGUACAUAGAAUCCUUCCCUUCCCCCAACCUUCAAUGUAGGGGAAGGAAUGGGAUAAGGAGAAGGCUGGGGAAAUGACCUCAUUGCCUUACUUGGCCAUGUCCAUUGUCUCGGCCGAAGGACAUGUAGCACGGCGAAGGUGAAGGUAAAGGCGAAGGCAAAGGCAGAAAAAAGAAAAAAAAAGAUCAAUCUUUUGUUUUUCUUGAUUUGCUCUAAGAAAUUUUCAUCGAUCUCACGAAAGACAAUGUAAUGUUGUAGUGGAAUGUAACUGUUCCUAGACCUCAACUUGAGAUUAUAUAUAUAAUUUGAGAGAA